AUGAAUAAUUAUCAUUACUCGCUCUCUGCUGAGCAGCUUCAGAGUUUCCACGAGGAUGGAUACCUCCUGAUUCGUGGCUUUUUCACUUCCAAGGAAUCGGAGCUACUGCGAGAAUGGGCACAGGAAGUUCACGAUCUUCCAUGCACCCCUGACGUUCCCUGGAUGCCUUAUCAAGAGGUUAAUGCUGAAGGCAAACGGGUACUGUGUCGCACUGAAAACUUUGCCAAUUCGCAUGUCGGAUUUGAUAGUUUCCUCCGAGGACAGCGCGCAACAAGCGUUCUACAACAGCUAGCCGGAGAGGAGAUGUUUCUCUUCAAAGAAAAAAUCAACUACAAGUUGGCGGGAAGUGGUGGUUUCGAUCCUCAUAUCGAUGCCAAUGCCUACACCCAUGUUAAAAACAUCAAGCAUUUGACUAUCCUUGCAGCAGUCGAUAGCAUGAAUGCAGCCAAUGGAGGUCUGGAAGUGGUGAACGGUAGUCAUCGAAUGGAUAUUCCUCUCGGUGGAGAUCGCUGCAUUGCGUCGGGUUGGGUCGAAAGCAAUGUAUGGACACCGGCUGAGCUUGAUUCAGGUGAUAUCCUCAUUUUUGGCUCGUACCUGGCCCACCGCAGUGGCGCGAAUGUUAGCUCGAAAGACCGCCGUGCGAUAUAUGCAACUUAUAACUGUGCCGCCGAAGGUGAUCUGCAUGAUAAGUACUAUUCUGAUCGACAAAAGCUCUGGCCUGCAACACACAUGCGGGAAAGCGGAAAGUCAUAUGAGGAAGGUCGUUCAGCGAAAGAAAAAGCAGAGGCCUUGAUCGGCGCUCUAGAAAAGUAUGGCCAAGGUGACUACAUCGGCGAGUCAAUUAGCCAGUUGGAACAUUGUCUGCAGGCAGCUCAUCAGGCCCAUAAAGCGAAUGCUCGUGAUGAGUUGGUAAUUGCAGCUUUAUUGCAUGACAUCGGUCAAAUCAUUCCCCUAGAAUCCACUAAGGAGGUACGCAUGAACCUUCGCGAAAGCACGGAAAAUGUCGGCCGGGUCGGCCAUGAAGCCAUCGGGGCAUCAUACCUUCAUUCUCUUGGAUUCAGCAAGACGGUGUGUCGCUUAGUAAAUAGUCAUGUCGCUGCGAAGAGGUACCUUACUGCCGCUGACCAAAGAUACUACGACUCUCUAUCAUCUGCCUCACAGAGAUCGCUUGGGUUCCAAGGCGGCCCCUUCCAAGGUGCGGAUCUUAAAAACUUCGACGAAGAUCCCCUUCGAGACGAUAUGGUUUCACUUCGACUGUGGGAUGAUGCAGCCAAAUUGGAGGGAAUUGAGGCCGUAACACCCCGUGCUGGGACAUAUCUGGAUAUGAUUAUCACGCAUUUGCUCCGUGAAACUUGA